AUGCAUGGAUUGAAAGCUCGUCAAGUUGUUGAGAAAUUGAAAGAGGAUAAGAAUGUUGAUUGGAAUGAUUAUCCAAUGGGUUAUCGUUACGGAACUUUUAUUAAAAAGUCAAAAUACGAAAAGAAUGUCAAGAAUCCAAAAACAGGUGAAGAAUUGGUGUGUAUGAGAACUAAAUCAGAAGCAUUUUCAUUCAAAUUGGAAGAUUUCGAUUCAAAAUAUAUUGAAUUGUUUAAUCUCAAGACAUGGAAUGAAGUUUUUGAAAAGGGAAUUUUGAAUAGAGAUGAUUUAAUUCUUGAGCCAUUGUUUAGUGAUUUGUUGGCUUCAGAUAACAAAGAAUAA